AUGGCUUAUCCGCCACCUCCUCGUAGGUUGAACGACAAGAAGAGGUACUAUUAUUCUAAUAAUCCAAAUAGAAGACAUACUGGUCCUUACCCUCAUAGACCUUAUACUAAUAGUUAUUCUAAUAAUUAUCCAUUACCUCAAACUGCAAAUGAAGUUCCAGUGACUAAUAACUUGAAAAAGAGUCACAGUAUAUCAAAUUCCAGCGGGAACAAUACAAGUCCAUUGUCACAAUCAUUAUUAGAGUCACAUAAUACAAGUAUGAGUAAAAGUAAUGAUGUUAGUAGACCGUCUAGGUAUAAUCAACCAUCCAGUCGUAAGGCAUCUGUAUCUAGUACCGUUGCGUCGACUUCGUCUGUUCCUUCUGCCCCUGCUCCAGUACCGGUAACGAAACCAACGACUACUAUGAUAAAUAACAAUAAUGCUGUACCAUCAAUCCCAACUACACCAUCUGGUAAUAAACAUUCAAAUACUAGUAGAUAUAAUUCGGAUUCACAUGAAACAAUACAUCAAUCUAUUCCAACCCAAUUAUCUAAUCAGUCUCAUAAACCUAUUCCGACAGGUACAUCAGGUGAUACUGCAACGCACAAUAAAUCUCGUUAUUCAGCAACGAAUAGUACGAGUAGAUAUAAUCCACACACUCCUAAUGUGACAGCAAAUGCUGUUACUUUGCAGAAGAGUCAAUCACAACAACACAUAAAUUCACAAAGAAAUAGACCAAGAUCUAUGGAUUCUCUUCCAUUUGAAAAAAGUUAUAGUGCUAUUGUAGGUCAUCCCACAGUACCAGAUAAACCAUCUUUCCCAACUACAAAUAGCAUAUCGACACCAACCUUUUUUCAAAGAGGCAAUAAAUGGAGAUCACAUUUACCACAUGCAACUUCGGGUACAACUGUUGAUAGUUAUUCAAGUAGUCAAUAUCAAAAUCGUAGAACAAAUUUUUGGAGAGGAACCCCAAAUAAACAAUCGAAUUAUAUGAUUGGUAAUGACCCAAUUAUAAGUUCAACUAGGUUCAACUCUAAAUCAAUCCUAAGUGAUGAGCAUUUUACUGAUUCAAGUGUAAAACAACAGAAUGAUAAAGAAGUUAAUACUGUGGAUCAUAAAAAGAGUUCUAAAUUAUCACCAAGAUCAAGUUUAAUACAUUCCGUACCACAGACAACAAGGGAAACUACAACACAUAUUUCCGCAGGAAAUAAAAAUUUUGAUUUGAAAAGAAGUAGAACAAAUACACCAUUAAGCUCAGUUGAUGAUAAUGACACGGAAGAAAAUAUAAGUGAGCUAGGUGUCACGUUACCUUCUGCAGCAACAAAUUAUCAGCUAAAAGAACAGAAUGUCAAGAAUAACGAUCUAUGGACCGUUGAACUAAAGAAAGAAGUUACCGCGGAGAUUACAUCAUUAGAAAAAGAUGAGGAAGAUAUACCCUCUGAUAUUAAACUUCCAGAAAUGGAAAACGUUAUCCUCGAUAAAUUAGAACCAACUAAAAAUGAAAUUGAAAAGAAGGAUAAAGUGGUAUUACAAUCCGUAUAUGAAUAUGUCAGUGAUCCUUCGAUGUUAAAAACCGAUAUGAAACAAUUGAAUAUUGUUGAUACAUCAGGUCCAUUUAAGGUUCAAUUUCCCGAGCAAAAGUCAUGUAUAUUUCCAUUGAAUAGAGUAGAAACCAAAUUCUGGGAACUCAAAAACAGAGAUAGGAGCUAUAGAAUUUCGAAACAAAAAUAUCUUUUAAAAAGACCAAUUAGGACUUUGAAAGAGUUUCCAUUUUUUAAGGUCAACGUGGAGCGUUACAAAGAUGUUAUCAGAGCUCGAUUGCAGUCAAUUGGAAAAUCUGUGGAUAAAUAUAAUCGUAGGCAUCUAUUAUCUCUUAAGAAUGACUAUAAUGGGUUCAAGAAUUUAUGGGAAAGGGACUGUAAGAGUAUGGAAGAGGUGAAUACGAAGGUUAGAAAAAAUGAAUUAGAAUUCAAACAGAAACAAGAUGAAGAAAAGAUCGAAAAAGAUAAAGAAGAAAAGCGUUUAGAUGAUCAAAAUGCCAAUUCAUCGCGUAGAAGAAAUAGAGCAGACUUUGUGGAUGAUACAGAGAUGGAAAGUGUUUUAUUGCAAAUUGAUCCUGAUUAUAAACACGUCCAAGCUGCAGCAACAAUUCCUGAACUUGAAUUGGAUUCAGUCAAUAGGUUUGCUAUUAAAUUCAAGGAUGUUAACAAUCUAUCUACGGAUAAAGAUAAAUGGGCCUCCAGAUUGCUGACAGAUGGUAUCGAUAACUUCUCUGAACAUGAACAUGAACUAUUCCUCGAAGGUUAUUUAAGUCAUCCAAAAAAGUUCGGCAAAAUUUCUCAUCAUAUGGGUAGUCUACGUACUCCAGAAGAUUGUGUCUUACAUUAUUACAGAACCAAAAGAAAGGUUGAUUACAAACAGUUGCUUCUUCAAAAGAAUAAAAGAAGAAAGAGUAGUGCGGCAACAAAGAGACGUAAAAAGAAAGAAAAGGUACUUGAUUCUGCUGAACCAGUUAUUGAAACCGAAGUGGUGCAAGAUAGAACAGAAAACAUGAAUGUACCUGAACAUGAGUCUAUUGAAACCGAGGAAAAUUCAGAUGAAGAAAAAGGAAAAAUCCCAAAGAUGGAAGAAGUUGUUGUGAAUGUUAGAACACAACCACCUGUUGAAGGUCCGAGGGAACUUCCUGUUGAAGAGCGUGACAAUAAAUCUGUGCUAAAUGUUGAAAACUCUGCUGAAAGAUCAGUUGAAAAAGAUAUCAAUAAACCUGUUGAAGAACUUCCAGAAAAACAUGUUAAAACACCUGCUGUAGAGGUCGUCGAACAAUCCACUGAUAUUUCAUCCAAACCAAUGGUUGAAACAACCUUACAACAAGCUAGUGUUGUCACUGAAAAUGCUGAACAAAAAAAAAUUGUUCCUACAACAGAAAAAUGUAUAGAAUCGACAACUAUUCCAAAUAUUGAUGUCGCGACCCACCCUGUGGAACAAGAAAUUAUCAUCCCAAAAAAGAGAGUUCACGAUAUAACACUUACAAGAGAAGAUACAGAGCCAUCAUAUGAAAACAUUCAUCAAAGUGAAGAUAUAAACAAUAGGAUGAUUGACACAGACAAUGCAGAUGAGAACUACGAUUCAGAUAGUAUGAGAAAGAAACAUAGAAUAAUUAGUGAUCACAAAUCAAGUUAUUGGAGUGUUAAAGAAUCACAAGCUUUUCCUGAGUUACUAGAAAAAUUUGGUUCUCAAUGGUCUUUAAUAUCAGAAAAAUUAGCUACUAAAUCAACCACCAUGGUUAGAAAUUACUAUCAACGUAAUGCCGCCCAAUAUGGCUGGAAGGCUAUUGUUGAGGAUACAGACUUAAGAAGAAAUGCAGGAAGUUCGGAUUCUGUACAACAAACUCAGAUUUUAAUUCAAUCUGAACAAACUCCAAUAAUUGGUGUAUCUAAUGGUAUGCCUUUGCAACAGAAACCUGCUCUGGGAUUUUUCUCAAAUCAAACUGAUCGUAGGAUUGUUAGUACAGAGAGUUCAAAUCCACAAGCAUUUGUUGCUCUGGAAAGUAAUAAAGAUUCAUUUUCAAAUUCAAGUACACCUACUGCAACAUUACCUCCACCAAGAUUGCCCUCUAUUCAACUGAGUCCUAACUCUGGUACAACGGCUAAUCCUGUUGGUGUACCACCUAGACAAGCAUUGGUUUCUCCAACAGAUCAAUUAACACAUAAUAAUGUAGUUACCGUUCAUUCUAACGAAAACAACAAUACUACUAAUAUUGUGCAGAAGGAAUCUGGUACGCGUACGAGUAUCGCUGAUCUAAUGAAUGUUGAUAAUCAUAGGCCACAUAUAAGUAGUAGAACACCUACACCUCCACUUAAAAAUAUCGCUGCUCCAAUAAUGUUAUCUACGAUUGCACCACUUCCGCAGAGUCAUCAUCAUCGUCGUACAGAUUUAGGUAUUAGAAAUUUCCUAAAUAAUCCAACUUCUGAAGAAUCAGUCUCGGUCAUUCCUACAUCUAAUACAAGAGCAAUUCCACAACCUACAAACAUCAGUCCAUUGACUACAAACAAUGCACAAAUGGGUAACAGUGUUGUAACAUCUGCACCAACAUUAGGUAAUAACAAUUCACAUAUUGUGGUUCAAGACAUGCGCAACCAAUAUACUAAGCCCGAGAGUUCUCAACCAAGACUAAGUUCGAUUUCUUCGUUAUUGAACCCUGUCUCGAACAUGCAAAGAAGGAAUCUUCCUCCGAUGGUAUUUAGUGAUUCACGAGGUACUGCACAGAGAAACCAGGCCACGAGCCAACCCAAACUAACAGUUCCUGAUUACAAUUUUGCAAAUGAUCCUCUUGCCGCAUUGGCAGCAGUUGCGUCUGCACCAGAGACUCUCGCAUCCAUUGUACCUCAACAGAAUCAAAACACCUCGCAGACUAAGUAA